AUGCCACUAUCCACUACUGUCACCCAACCCUCAUUCGACACCGAUCCACGAUCCAUUCGCUUGGCAGCAUAUGCGGCCCAUGCCGUGCAGGACAUUACGAGCCGGUGGCUGUCUGCAAUAGGUGCAGGUGUAGUUAGGCGGUAUGCAAAGGGACUUCCCCAAUCUUUCCCCGCACUUGGGCUUGGGCUUGCACUCCGAUUGCAGCAUUCUGUUCUUCCGAUGAGUGGUAGGCAGGUUGAACGAGGGCUUUUGAGACGGAAAGACAUGGAGGUGGACAAGGACAUGGGGCACAAUCUGUUGAGAUUCCAGGAGCCGGAAAUUAGGGGUGGGAAAUAUAGCGAUAUAGACGUCUCAGAGCAGGCAGGGCAAGGGGCUGAAGGAGGGUAUCGGAGCAAGUGCAUUCAGACUUCUUCAGCCUACGAACUCAGAUCCAUAUAUCAUUACUUACUCGCCGUCAACGUAAGCACCUACGUCAAUACCAUCAACAUGAAGCUUUCCAUCCUCGCUAUCUUUGCUGCUGGCGCCCUCGCCGCCCCCAUCAUCGAGGAACGCCAGAUGUCAGGUAUGCCUAGUGGUAAGCUCCCCCCCUCCCCUCCUCCUCCCCCUCUUCUCACACCGCUAACACUCCACCCAGGCUUCCCCAUGCCCACUGGCGGCUUCCCAUCCGGUGGCUUCACUGGCUUCCCAUCCGGCUUCACCGGCUUCCCCAAGCCCACGGGUCCUGCACCUACCGGUCCCCGUCCCACGCACUCCCGCGGCCCAAGGCCCUCGGGCUUCCCGUCUGGUCUGCCAUCAGGCUUUACCGGAUUCCCAAUGCCGACAGGUGGGUUUCCUGGCAUGAGCAUGCCACCCGCGCCGGGAAAGGAGGGAAGUGGUUUGUGCUGUGUAUAUCUUGGACUAGUUGGAAUUGAGCGGCCUUGCUUGUACUUAUGGGAUUCAAGCUCGCUCUUUUGGUGUUGUGGAUUUUAUCUGAUGUUGAUCUAG